AAUGCCUAAGAAGAACAAAGUAGUCCAUAGCAUUUCCAUGCCAACAUAUACACGAUCACGUUUGGUGUCGUUUAAGCUCGCCUUAGCUCAAUACCACGACGUCGUUUUGGAGUCACUACUUUCUCAGUAUAAAUACCGCAAACUUCUCGAGAGAAAAUGAGAAGUUUCUUCUGAAGUUAUUGACUUUCCCGCCAAAAAAAAUCUCAUAUUUGAGGUGAAGCAAGAAAUCAGUCCCUUGAAGGUCAUCCAUGGAAGGAGAUACUAGUAGUGUUGUUGAUGAAAAUAAAGUGAAUUUUGGUGGUCUAACGGGCGACAUUGAUGAAGUAGAGUUGCAAGUAAGACGCAUGAGUAAUUUUGGGAUGGGUAUGGAAAUCCAAAUUUCAGAUCUUGCUAGGCCAGAGGAGUUAGAGAAGAGACAACAGAUAUGUGCUUUAGUACUGCUGUGUUAUAUCGCGCAUUCAGAGUCGGAGCAUUUGAAUUCUGAGAACGAGUGUAGGUCUGUUCAACUGAUGGCACAGCUAGUAGAAACUGAAAAAUGCCGAGACAUCAUUCGCAUGAGCCCUCAAGCAUUUCUGAAGCUUUGUGAGAAAUUAAGGUCAUCUGGUAGAAUGAAGGAUUCAACAGGGGUUACAGUUGAGGGGCAAGUUGCUGAAUUCCUAUAUAUUGUAGGGCAAGCUUCGAAAAACAGAACCGUGCCUUUCCUUUUUAAUAAGUCGGGGGAGACAUUUACUCGACGCUUUGACAAUGUUUUACGAGGAAUCAUCUCAUUAGAAAAUGAGUUCCUUGUCCAACCUUCUGAUGUAGAUGUACAUACACAAAUACUUAACGAUGACAAAUUCUAUCCUUAUUUUAAGGAUUGCAUUGGAGCCAUCGGUAUAACUCAUAGUCGAGUGAAAGUACCAGUGAAAGACGCCCCUCUAUUUUGUGCAAGAAAAGGCUUCCCCACACAAAUUAUUUUCGCUGCUUGUAAUUUUGAUAUGAAAUUCACAUAUGUUUUAGCUGGGUGGGAAGGAACAGCAUCUUACUCUAGAAUCUUAGAAGACGCUUUAACUCGAAAAAAUCAUUUGAAAAUUCCUAAUGGAAAAUAUUAUCUCGGUCUUCAAGGACCUAUGCCAAUUGGGGUAUUGUCUCCAUAUAGCAAUGUAUGCUGUCUGUUGAGGGAAUUUUCAAAUCAUGAACCUCAAAACCGUGAAGAACUAUUCAACCUUCGGCAUUCUUUACUUCACUUCGUGAUGGAGAAAACUUUUGGGGUCCUGAAAAAAAGAUUUCCAAUUAUAGCUGGUGUUGCCAAACCAUUUUUCUCAUUUGAAACAAUGAGGCGUAUAAUCAUUGCUUGUUGUGUUUUGCAUAACUUUCUUAUGGAAGUUGACAUUGACGAACAAAUGAUUGCUGAAGUAGAUCAAGAGUUGCUACCUGAUGAGGUACGAAGGUCCAUUCCUUUGGAAAGAUCGAAAAAAUGAAGGGGGACUAUGUAGAAAGACCAAGUUUAAGAAAUGUGGAAUGCUUUUGAAGGAUAAUGUGCUGAAUUUAUAUGUUCCUAGGUAGUUAUGACUUAUGAGUUUUACAUGUUUGGGUUUGGAUUUGAGUUUGUAAUGAUAAUCGACUUUUGUUCCUUUUGUUCGCUGUUAGUACCUAUCCAAUACGUUUUUUAA